AUGAUGUUACAGGAAAAGAGAGGUGAAUCGAAUGAUUUGCCUCAAUUUCGUGAAUUCUCUAUCGAUACUAUAAGGAAUGCUACUUCAGGAUUUGCAGUAGAGAAUAUAGUUUCAGAACAUGGAGAGAGAGCUCCAAAUGUUGUGUAUAGAGGAAAAUUGGAGAAUCAAAGACGAAUCGCUGUUAAACGAUUUAACAGGAAAGCUUGGCCUGAUACUCGUCAGUUUUUGGAAGAAGCCAAAGCUGUUGGUCAAUUACGGAAUCAUAGGAUGGCGAAUCUACUUGGAUGUUGCUUUGAAGGUGAAGAGAGACUACUUAUUGCAGAGUUUAUGCCUAAUGAAACUUUGGCAAAACAUCUUUUCCAUUGGGAGUCGCAACCAAUGAAGUGGGCGAUGCGACUGAGAGUAGCUUUACAUAUUGCUCAGGCGCUAGAGUAUUGUACCAGCAGAGGACGUGCCCUCUACCAUGAUCUAAAUGCUUAUAGAGUUCUUUUUGAUGAUGACGCGAAUCCAAGACUUUCGUGCUUUGGUUUGAUGAAAAACAGUAGAGAUGGAAAAAGUUACAGUACCAACCUGGCAUUCACUCCUCCCGAGUAUCUGAGAACAGGUCGCGUGACACCAGAAAGUGUGAUGUACAGCUUUGGAACUCUGUUGCUUGACCUUCUCAGUGGAAAGCACAUUCCUCCAAGCCAUGCAUUGGACCUCAUACGGGAUAGGAACAUUCAGAUGUUAAUGGAUUCAUGCCUUGAGGGUCAGUUUUCAAGUGACGAUGGGACUGAACUCAUACGGUUAGCUUCAAGAUGCUUGCAGUAUGAGGCCCGAGAGCGGCCUAACCCAAAAUCUCUAGUCUCAGCAAUGACUCCUCUUCAGAAGGAUCUUGAGAUUCCUUCUCACGAACUGAUGGGCAUACCCAAUAGUGCCACAACGACCACUCUUUCACCACUUGGAGAAGCAUGCCUUAGAUCAGAUCUAACUGCCAUACAUGAAAUCAUCGAAAAGCUUGGAUAUAAGGAUGACGAGGGUGCAACCACAGAGCUUUCUUUCCAGAUGUGGACCGACCAGAUGCAGGACACACUGAUAUUCAAAAAAAAGGGAGAUGCUGCGUUCCGACAUAAAGACUUUGCAAAGGCCAUCGAAUGCUUUUCUCAGUUCAUCGAGGUAGGAACAAUGGUCUCCCCAACCGUUUAUGCUAGACGGAGUCUGUGUUAUCUAAUGAAUGAGAAGCCUCAAGAGGCACUUAGCGAUGCAAUGCAAGCCCAAGUCAUAUCUCCUGCUUGGCAUAUCGCAUCUUAUCUCCAAGCUGUAGCUUUGUCAGCUCUAGGACAAGAGAACGAAGCACACGCUGCUCUAAAAGACGGUGCGAUGCUUGAAAGCAAAAGAAAUACUUUGAGAUCAUAA